AUGGUGGAACACCCACUCUCUGAGCCCGAUAUCCCUGUGCCCUCUCGGUCAGACAGGCAUGGUAGUGGGCAGCAAGCCAAAUCGGCUUUUAUAAUGAAGCAGAGUCGAUCCAUGCACAACUAUCCUCAAGCACUGCCACGUGACUUGACAAUACAUAAGGAAUACAGCUGCCCUGACUUUAAAAACACUGCAUCCAGUGAUGGAUUUGGUGUGGUACACCCCAGCCAGGACAGGCUGAUGUAUAAGACUCUCAGCAACUCCUUUAAAGAGGACUACCAGUACAUUCGGCCAGUGAGCAGGGACUUGCAGGGGUCUAUGAGAUCGCAGAGUGUUAAAACACACCAUCCACCUGCUCAAGCCAAAAUAACUCAAGAUCGGGACCACAGACUAUCAUUCUCUUCCCAAAGUAGAACCAGAACUUGUAACACUCGUAACAAUUAUUUGGACGGCUAUGUUUCUGUACAGCCGAAAGUCCGUAAGACCAGUCGAGCAAGAUCUGGCAUUUUACCAAACUAUGGCUCCAUGGCUCCUCAGAGUUACAGAUUGCAUUCCACCGCUGUGGGCCAUGCAGGUUUUCACCAGACAGAUCUCAGGGCGGAAAUGUAGAUAUAGGCUGAAUGACAGCUUUGUAAUAAAAUAAAUAAAUACAAUAAAAUGAGAAGACCUCUGAUUUUCUGUUGUUAAUGAGAUAAAAUAAUAAUAUUUAUAUACGUUUAAAAAGGCUUGAAUUGCUCACUGAGGGGGUUUCCAUCACUGUGUAUGCAUCACUGUUCAAAUGGUUUAAGGAAACACAAGAUUAUGAUAAUGGGUAAUUAUGGCAUUAUUGCUACUUCGAUUUGUUUAAGUGUGUCGUGUUUUGUCAUUUUGUUACAAAAGUCAAGGGUUGUAAAAACAAUCAAAAUAUGAUCUUAAAUUUAAGUAGAUGAGAAAAAUUAACAAUGGCUUUCAAAAUGUCCAAUGUAUAGGAGCCACUGCCUUGUGUUUUUUGGGUGAAGAUUGUGGUUAUGUAUUACCAUUAAUGUGGAAUCCAAAACAUUUUUAUGAAUAUGACAUUAUCAUAUAUGAGCUGACUGUGAUUCUAAAGAGAAGGCAUAUGAAAGGGUGUUAUAUUGCUAUUUCCCCUAUUGUUUGCUCUCUGCAAUUUAUUAUCAUGCACUUUAUAGUUGGUCUGUGUUUUUAUGUAAGAACAGGCACGUUAGAUGUUAUAAUUUUGAUGCUUAAUUUUCCAUUAUGUUCAAAAUAAUGUUAAAGGAAAAGUUCACUCAAAAAUGAAAACGUUCCACACCCUUAUGACUUUCUGUCUUAUUUGUAACACAAAAGGAACAUUUUAAUGAAUUUUCAGGUCCAACAUUUCAAUUCAAUGACAGUUGACAGGUACUCAUGUUAAAGCUUAAAAGCACCAAAAGUAUCCUAAAUAAAAAGUCUACGUGACACAAGGGUGAGUAAAUUAUGAAUUUCCAUUUUUGGGUGAACUAUUCCUUUAAAGACAACAUAUUAUUAAACCAGUAGGUUUAUAUAGAGCUGCAGAAACCAUUACAUGGUUGCAUUUGGAGGAAAAAAAAUGUGCUUCUCUGAUAAACUGCUGUUAUGCUAGUGUGAUUUUUAACAAGUGCAUUGUUCUCCAUAUUAGUUGAUUUUAUUUGUUUUUAUGGGUUCACUUUGCUUUGUCUGUUAUUAAAGUUGUUUAAUCAAACUCGCAA